CCCAACCAGUAGCCUGUCUAACGAGGAAAUAAUUGACAGAAUUCAUAAAAAAAACUCUCCGAAGACUCUUGUCACAUCACUCCACAAGAAUCAUGGGUGACCAUUGCAAUGUCCCCGCUGUGAAUGGUACUUCUCUGUGUGGACAUGCAUCAGUUCUGCCUGAAGUGCACCACAGCAGGAUUUACAUGGACUACAAUGCAACCACGCCUUUGGAGCCAGAAGUGAUCCAGGUUAUUUCCGAGAGCCUUCAAGAUGCCUGGGGAAAUCCAAGCAGCAACUACAGUGCAGGGUUGAAGGCAAAAGCAAUCAUUGCUGAGGCCAGAAAAAAUGUGGCAAGAAUGGUCGGGGGCAAAGCUGAGGACAUUAUAUUUACCUCAGGUGGGACAGAGGUGAACAACAUGGUGUUCCACUCUGCCCUGGAGCACUUCAGAAGACAUUGCAUCCCGACUGGUCCCAGCAUUCAUGUCCUUCCCCACUUCAUCACCUGCAACGUGGAGCAUGACUCGGUUAAGUUAGUUGUGGAGCAGUUGCAGAAAGAGGGAAAGGCUGAAGCAACAUUUGUUCCUGUGUCCAAAGUGACAGGCCGUGCUGAGGUCGAGGACGUUGUGGCAGCAGUGCGUCCGAACACUUGUCUCAUCUCUGUCAUGCUGGCAAACAAUGAGACUGGUGUAAUCAUGCCUGUCGGAGACAUUUGCCAGAGAAUUAAAUCUCUGAACAAGCAGCCUCAGCGCCUCAGGAUCCUGCUGCACACUGAUGCGGCCCAGGCCCUCGGGAAGAUCUCUGUGGAUGCACAUGAACUUGGGGUGGACUUCCUUACCAUCGUGGGACACAAGUUUUAUGCCCCACGGAUUGGUGCGCUAUACGUGAACAGCCCUGGGGAGAAGACGCCGCUGUAUCCACUUCUAUUCGGUGGAGGACAGGAAAGGAACUUCCGACCAGGCACUGAAAACACACCAAUGAUUGCUGGUCUGGGUAAGGCUGCAGAACUAGUGGUCUGUCAUGUGACUGAAUAUGAGACUCAUAUGCGGAGUAUAAAGCAGUACUUGGAAGAAAGACUUCAAAUUGUCUUCAAAGAUCGGAUCCAUUUCAACAGCUCCUUCCCUGGAAUCGAUCACCUCCCAAACACAUGUAACGUGUCCAUCCUUGGACCGGCAUUACAAGGUUGGAGGGUAUUGUCCACCUGCAAGAGGCUGCUGGCGAGCAUUGGCGCCGCCUGCCACUCAGACCGCGGAAACAGGCCCUCGCAUAUCCUGCUCAACUGUGGCAUCCAGCCCGAGGUGGCAGCUAAUGCCCUCAGGUUAAGUGUGGGCAGGAAGACCACCAGAGCUGACGUCGAUGCAGUUAUAGAGGAUUUGAAGGAAACAGUGCAUCAGCUUGAAGAAAUGAACUCAUGACAACAAUCAACGGUAUUUUUAACAAAUCAGGAUCAUGCUGUUCAUUGGGUUAUAUAGUCACAUACCAGAUGUUUCUGUUUGGGAUUUAUGGAGCUAUAGGUUUCUUCACACGCUCUCACUGUGUACAGCUGAUUUUCUGGGAGUAGAAAAGUUUGUUAUCUACAGUCUGUCAGUUAUACUAACUCUCAUGCAUAAAUAGUUAAAUGUGCUAUUGUGACAAGUUCAAGAAGACCAAAUAAACAAAAUCAUGCCACACAGAUUAUUAUGUCCAUGUUUCGAAACAUUCAGAAAUGCGACCCAUGGUAGGAGAGGUCAAAUUGCAACUCACUGUGUUUGGUACGCAAGAGAGAUUUUCUACCAUCACAUUGGGAUUUCAUUUUUGAUACCCAAAUAUUGAAGUCAGGAACAACAUUUUUGAACCACACUUUGGGAUUUUGACAUUUCCUGCCUAUCUUGGGGUGCAAUGUGACCUAGGUCUCAGUGGAACAGCUCGCCAGGAGGUCAAGCUAACCCUUAAAAAAAAUGUACAUCUCACAGAAUGUGCCUCAAGUCUGCAUUUGCCUGUAGUCCUCCACCAGAGCAAGGUCUGAAGUCCAUCAUCCCUUCAUUCAUUCCCAGGGGAUUGAGCCAAACCUUGAGGUAAAACGGGAAAUCAUCGUAUAGAUAAUUCACACAUGACUCAUCACAUACAGUUGAGUCUAAUGCAGAGGAAGAGCAUUCACAUUUAACUCAGAGUUCAACCUAAGCACUACCCACUGCUCCUUCUUGCCACUUGGAAAUAAAAUAACCUUCAUUUGGAAAUUUCCAGCUACAUCUCAAGGGAGAACUCUGGUAUGACCCAGGGCCAGUUGGCGAAAGGUUCUCCACGCAAAGCAAGCACGAGUUUGAGUUGUUUUGUUUUAGUUGACAAUUUCUAAGCAUCUCCUAAAAUGUCAUCGACACACGAUGAAUAUUUUAAAUAGUUAUUAAAUAGUUGUUUUCGUAGCCGCCAGGCCUUGGCGCGGACUUCUCCCAUUACUUAAGUUUCCAUGCUGUCUCAGCUCCCACAUGUCCAGUGAAGCGUGCAGCCUGUGCCAGCAUAUGGUCACUGCCACACAAAGGCGACCAGGAGGCCACGAGCGCUUCGCCUCCACUCGUCUUUCAUUACAUUUCUAUCUCACUGGCUUUGCCCCCCUCUCUCUCGCAAAAAGGCCCCGCUGGCCAGCUGGCUGCUGCUCGGGUGUCACUUUCCUGGCUUGGGGAGACGCUGUGAGUGUGAGUUUUGCUUACUGUA